GUUUCCAUGCGACGGAAACGGGCAAACACUAGUAACUUUAGUGCCUUGAAUAAUGCAAUAGUUGCAUGUUGUAAAAAAUCCAUACCGAUCAUACCGCUGCCCAAUUGAAUUUUCAAGGAGUAAAGUGGUCGUAAAAUUUUAAUUAAUUCUCAUCUCAAUCAUUAAGUAUCUCUCCCAGCAAUAAUUGAAUCGCACUCGACCAUCUCAUUGAUCAAAAUCUCGUGUGGUUCGCGUUCUCUGGAUUAUGGAUGAUAAUAAUCGUCCCCAGACCGCUUCUCAAGACCCACCACCACCACCCACAGCAAGACCAGUGUCCCGCAGACGUUUCGGUGAACCCAUGACGGCUCGACAACGGCCAGACAGCAGGAUGAGCACCGCAAACACGGAGUCCCCACAAUCGCAACAACGUCCCAUGAGCCGAGUUUCCAGGCUUCAGUCGGCCGCUCGACCCGCUUCCUCCUCCCUCCGCUUGGGUUCUGCCAUGCGAACGGCACGCCCCCCAUCCGGCACUGGAGGUUCAUUGCCGCUCCACGCAUCCGUCAACGUAAUGGAGCGACCCGUCACUCAGCAAGGCGUUUCAGGUCUACGAACGGCCCGGACAAGUUAUGGCCCUCACAGGCGAAUGGUCCACGACAAAACAUAUUUUUUGGGAGUAUUGCACACAAAAAUGUCUGAAAUGGGGGUCGAAAUCGCUCGACUCGCCUCACAAGUGGAUUCUUUGGCAAAGGAACAGUCCACCUAUAUCGCAUAUGAGAGCAGGGUGAAGGAAAAAGCCGUUGAAUUGCAGGAAAUGCAUGGGGAACUUCAGGAUUACAACAUUUUGUCCGAAAUGUUGUCCAGUGACAAGGACAAAAUGUACUUGGAGGAAGAGUUGAAAACUUUGAGGAAAGACAAUUCUUCCGAUUCAGAAAGGAUAGAAUUGAUCUACAAUCGACGACGAGAUGCUGAACGUCAAGUGGCCGAAUUAGAGGAACGUAUUGAAGAAGAACGCAACAAGGCGCACACCAUCAUUGAAUCUCUCAACCCACAACUACGGGAGCGAUAUGUGGCAUUUCAAAGUCAAAAUAGCCGACUUCAGACCGAAAUGGAAGGGUUGCAACUGACUCUGGAUGACUUCAAUUCGAAAAAGUCAGAACUUUACGACCGCAUUUGCAGAUCCGAAUUGAAAAAGAAGGCUGCAGAAAUGGAGGAAGAGUUGAUGGAGGCAGAGGACAAGCGGAUCGCCUUGUCCAGGGAAGCACAUUCAAAUGAGACGCCGGAAGAGGAACAGGCCAGACUUUUAUCUCAGGUCAAGGUUGACAAUGCCGAAAUUAGUACGUUGGAGCGACAAAUUACCGAGGUGGCAGACCAGAUAAGGAAAGCCCAAGAAGAAAUACAAACUAUGGAACAGGAAAUCGAGGAAACUGAUUCCGAUCGACAGCAGAAGUUCAGAGAGCUUAAAAAACGAGAACAAGACAUGGACGAAUUUAUGCACAAUUUUGAAGAUAACAAAGGAAAGGAAUGCGAAGGCUUGAGUCGUAUUGAGGCUGAAAUUGUCAAUUGCAUGGAAAGAAUUUCACGAAAUGUUCAUCUAGCAGCCACUUUACCAGAAGCGGGACAAAACUUUAUAGAAAUGAGAGAGGAACUGGAUUUUAAAGAGGAUGAGUUCGACAAGGCCAAAUAUACUUCAGAAAUGAUAGAGUACCGAAAUGAUGCUUUGAGAAAACAGUUGGACAACUUUCAAAAUUUGGAAGAAAAAAUGAAAACCGAGUUAAAGUCCUUGGUGGACAAAAUGGAAGUUAUGCAAACGGACAUUCGAAAAUUCCAAGAUAUUGACACGGUAAAAAUAGAAGGAAAUGACCGGCUCCGAAAAUUGCAGUUAGAGAAUGCAGCCUUGGACAAGAAGACAAAGGCAUUUGGAGAGACCUUCAAAGCGGUGCAAAUAGAGCAUGAGAAACUCAAAAAAGAAUUGGAUUCCAACGACGUGCAUCGUCAACUGACAAGUUUGGAGAAAAAGUGGGCCCUGCUGGAAGAAGCCAAUUACAACCUGGCUCAGUUCCUUCAGGCAAAAAGGGCCGAAACCGAUUUUGAGGGUGUCAAGAACUCAGCCAUGGGAAUUUUGAAAGAAUUGAAUGUCAUGUUGCAAAUGAAGUAGUGAUUUUUAAUAAGUAAGUCAGGUUAAAUAAAUAACUAUGUGUAUU